AUGUGGAUACCAGCUUUGCUCCUAUGGAUUGUUAAUAUCAGCAAUUUGUGCUCAGGACAAGACUACACAGACUAUUAUCAAACUGGAGACAUGGGCACCGAGGCUCCAGUGUUGUCAGAUGAUCAGCCCAGUUUAGAGACGGUGACAAGCGUGGAUCAGCUAUUGCAGCUCCUAUACCCUGAAUACAAUCUGCUUCAGCACUGCCUGAGGAAGAAAUCAUGGCAUGCCCCCUCCUCUUCCUCCUCUUUUUCCACCUCAACUGCGAGCCCUUCGGCCCACUCCAACGAUGACGAUCUGUGGGGUCACCCGAGGAAGGAGGCUCUUUUCAAAGUUGACGGGACUCUGGGAGUCAUCCUAGAAGAAAUCCAACGAACCUCAUGCCAGCCCAGAGAGGUGUGUGUUGAAGUCUCAAAAGAGCACCCAGAGUCCACCAGUCAGUUCUACCUCCCUCGCUGCGUGGCGCUGCAUCGGUGCGGUGGAUGCUGCACCAGUGAAGCUUUUUACUGCACCAACACGAGUCACACGCUUGUCAACAAAACACUGAUGGAACUGACCCCACCCAGGAUGGAACGCUCUGUUGUCAUGGUGACCUUCGUCAACCACACUUCCUGCGAAUGCCUCUCCAAGCGGCCGCUGCACUCCAUCAUAAGACGAGCUGCAGCAGAUUACCUUUGUUCCCCACCCGAGGUUCCCUGUGCUCCAGGAUUAUUAUGGGAUCCAGUGAACUGCCUGUGUGUCUCCACAGACGCCAUUAAUUACUCUGACAGAGAGACAGAGGCGCUGGACUCAGGGCUGCUGGCUCUUUGUGGGCCCAACAGGGUUUUGGAGGAGUCCACAUGCGAAUGCGUCUGUCGAAACGGACUCACCAAGGACAGCUGUGAUCCAGGCUGGAAACUGGACCACGAUACCUGUGAAUGUCAGUGUGAAGGUCAAGAAGAGGGGAAGGGGUGCCCUGCAGGCCAGCGGUGGGACGAGGAGCUGUGCGGCUGUGUGUGUGAUGUAGAGUGUCCCGGGAAUCAACCUCUCAAUCCAGACACCUGCCUGUGUCAGUGCAGAGAGAGUCCGGAAUCCUGUCUGCGGCAGGGAAAGAGGUUCAAUCCCAACACCUGCAGUUGUUACAGGUUGCCAUGCAGGAAGCCCAGACGUGUGUGCCAGGCUGGGUUUUACUACAGCCACCAGGUCUGCCAAUGCAUCCCCAACUACAUGAGGCCUGAGUGGAAUUAA